AUGGCCGUGACGGAGUUCGCCCUCCUUCAGUUCAAGGAACCCCUCACUGAAGAGCUCAAGGAGCUCAUGGACUACUGCCAGACCGUCCAGGACACCUGGGUCCUGCGCCAGAAGCCCGGCCUGCCGCCGACCCGGAUAGACCGCGGUACUGCCAUCCUCCAGCAGGUCGAGGACCCGAGCGUGAUCCUCCUGGCGGCGCAGUGGGACUCGCCGCAAGCACACGGGGAGUGGAUCGCGUCGCCCGAGAACCAGAACGUCAUGGCCAAGCUGACGCCGCAUAUUCACUUUGAGGGCCCACGGAGCGUGCUAUUUUUCCACGUCGACGCGCCCGUCUUUGCAAAGCCCACCUCGGCGCAGGCGGCACCGUCAGAGACUGCGGGAGGUGCCGCGGGAGCAGAGACUGAGUCCAAGGACAAGGAACCGGAAGCGCCGGCACCCGAGGAAGAGAGCAAAGCAGAGAGUAAGAAGAAGGCGCAAGACGAGCCGCCCUCCCUCCUGACGGCGCCGGUGCUCAGCGUUGGGCGAUUCGGGGUGCGAGCGGAGCGGAAGGAGGAGUUUGUCAAGAAAUAUGCCGAGGCCAAAUGGGUCGUCGAGGAGUCGUCGAAGCCGUUCCCCGUCCGCGGCGGCUGGAGAAUCGAAAAGGCCGCCGAGGACCUCGAGGAGUUUGUCAUGUACUGCGGCUGGGACACCGUGGAGCAGCACAAGGCAAUUGCACAGCAUGAGGGCUUCAAGGAGUGGGCUGGCAUUCAGGAGUUCGUGACGGGGACGGACAUUUGGCACUACCAGCGGAUCAUGUGA